GCUGAGUUCAACUGUGUUCGCAUCUUUCGGAGACAAGUCACUUGAAGUGUAAGAAUGUCUGUGUGUUGAGAGAAAAAAUCAUGUGGUGAUACUAUCUGUCUAUAAUGAAAAAUGGUGCUCCUCAUUGAUCCCGAGAAUUAUCAAAGAGUCUUGCUAUCUGUUCAAGUUGUGUAGCUGGAGAGAACGAGUAGAGGUUUGUCACGCGAAUGACCUGUGGCUUGGAGCACCAGAAAAGCCCUACUGUGCGAAAAUUCUGUGUUAGAGUGUUGUGAGAGAUAUGUAUACUAUAUGAUUAGAGUGUCUCAGUAUCUUUAGCGAUUAUUCUGUCCUGAUACUGCUGUUGAUCUGAGUGUGCGAUCGCCUCUGGAACUGAUGUCGAUGUUCUCCUUCACGUACUCUAGAGCGAAUCCGACCUCCAUGAGCAUCGUGCAUCUAGUCUGAAUGGUACUGCUCUGCAUUCUCAUCUCCAUUCCCAAACAAAUCUCUAAACAGGAGUUGUUUUGUUUUAUAAACAAGACAGCUGAAUCAUUUGGUGAUAAUUACUGAGCUCCUUUGGUGCGCUGAAGCAAUUUUUAGUGUUAGAAGAUGUAUAAGUAGCUUGUUUUGAUCUAAUUUCUGAUCUGAGAGUUAGAUGUAUAGCUUGUUUCGAUCUAAUUUUUGAUCUGAGAAUUGUUGGAUUAUCACAAAUUACGAUCAAAUUGUUUGACAUCGGUCUUAGGUUCGCGCAAAACUGCUGAUGUCUUUUGAUUAACCCUUGACAAGAUAGCUUGAUGAGUUGAUGAUUUGAUUGUUCUGGUUUGACUGAUCAAAUUCCUACUUAUCAUCUUCAGGUGCUGUGUAUUAAGUAGUGCUAUAGAGACUUAGUCAUAGUCCUCUUCCAGAUAGAUGCACCAUAUAUUUAGCAGGUGAAAUUAGCACUGCCAGAAAAUAGAAGAUCUUUUCAUGAUAGCAAGCUCUAACCCUCGUUGACUUGUUUCCCCGUCCUCCUGCUUCUAAUGGAGCUAGUUUAAGUGACUGAAAAAGUGACUGCAGAACUAAGUGAUAAUUGAAGACUAGGUGAUAACUGAAGAGCUAAGUUAAUUGAAGACUAAGUGAUAACUGAAGAGCUAAGUGAUAGCAACUGGAGCUUCCACCAGGCUUCCUAUAGUAACUAACUAAAAACUGACUGAUACAGCAAAGAUCUGUGUCAGUUUGUUUUAGUUGUUCUACUCGAUCCUCUAAGUAGUUCACCAAAGGCCCAACUGAAUGAGUCAAACUAGUGGAUCUCGCUCCUUUAUUACAGGAGAUAGUUCCUUAGAGACUAUUAAGGCUCAACUUUCAAUGGUCACCAUUGAGAUUGGAGUCACUGAGAUCGAAGAGGCGACCCCUUGAGACAACAGGGGAAAACGAAGGGAAAGAAGGGGGUCUCUUCCGUUCAGCAUCAGUGACCAUUGAAUGCUGAGCUUUAAGACUAACACGACGGGUUUUAAUAGUUGUACUCCAACUUCAGGAAGGGCUCUCUCAGGUGGUCCGGCACCAGUCCAUGUGAUUCAGACGCCGUCGUCAGCUGCGACUACUUGUCGACAGUCUAACACCUCUACUACUUCUGUUACGGCUCCUCGUGCUCAGAAUAACAUCUUCAAUUCAAAUUUUCUUCCAGGGUCAUUUCCAUUUUCUUCUGUUUCCCUUUUCUUCUUGGGAUCAUAAGAUGAAGAAAUGAACUGAACCGGAAGAUGAAAUGAAUACAGAAGAUGUUUUGUUGAGAUCCUCCAAUUCAGCUUCUGGACACGCGAACAGCACCUCAUCUUCAACGUCUUCCUUCACACCUGGUGCAGCGGCGUCUUCGUUGCUCUCAAUGUUUGGGCUGAAGAGCCUGGACAAGAGUCAACAAAUGUUAAGGCUUGUGGCAACCGUAAUUCAUCUUGAGAAUGAGAAGCAUCUUCCACUGAUUUAGCCUCUACUAGUAGACUACCUCUUCGUUCUUGUUUAAACACGGGGAAAUGAAAACACGUCUAAUUCUUAUUAAAAGGUGUAGGUGACUUCCAACUCCAAGAUGAAUAUCGGAGGUAGUACGUUCUAAAAAUAGUUAUGAGCUCGCGUACGUAUUCGGAUGGUACCACGACAGCGGGUAGCAGUAUGAUGAACAGCAGUAAGAGUUUUCAGUCCGACAUGUCGGGAAAAGAGGCGCACAGCAACAUGGUGAAUGUUAAGGCUUUCGCUCUCCACGACUGCAUUGUAUUCCUUCUAUUCUGCACGUAAACACGACUUCUAACACGUCAGCAUUAUUCAUAAAAAAAGAUGAUAGAGAGUUUUUCUAGGAACAAGAAAACGCGUCAAGGACGAUGUACUAGAAGUUCUGCUCAAGUCUUCUAGAAUGCAAUGGCCAAUGAAUAGAAGAAUGUUGCGAUGUACAACUACCUAGAUCUAAGAAUGCGAACAAUGGAUCGGGUUCAGAAGCAAGGAAAUCGCAACAAGUGCAAGUGGCUCAGAAGCAGAUCACAGAGCGUAUGGAUACGAAGGAUAUCCUAGCUGCAGAGCCGAUCGAUCAAGCUGCUAUGCAACGUUUUCAGGAGUGUCGUGAAAUUGCUUCCAGUAUGGUCCUCAGAUUCGUCAACAGCCCAGACGAAUUAUACGAAUUGUUUGAGGAGGUAUUUUAAAUUCAAUUUGAUAAAAGUUUUGAAUUUGAGUCAUUUGAUGUUGUGGGUUUUAGUUUUACUUUUAUGUACAGCAUCAACGACCUUAGCAUUAGGCUGGUGUUUGAUUUUUAACAGUAACAUGGUUGAUGAUCUAGUACGACCCUUUCUUAGUGGAGUGAUAGCCGGAGCAGCUUUUUCCUUUUACUACGAGGCUAAGGUUGUCUUUCAGCACCAUUGACAUCUUAACGUUGUCUUUCACAUAUACUAGAUUGGUAAGUUGUUUCCAUCGUGCUUCUACAAAAACCAUUUACACAACGAACAACGAACAUGAUCUUCAGCACAUUCAACUAUUAACCCUCACUUUAUCAAAGGUGAUGCCUUCCGGAACGAGGGGCAGUCACGUGAAGGCAGUGAUUUUCGCGAGGAGACGAUUGGACGGUAAGAGGGUGAUCAUAAAAUUGCGUAAUAAAAGCCAAAGUUUCAAAGAUUUGACUGAAUUGAAGGAAUGGGUCAUAUCGAUGAAAUUCCUCUACUACCUCUCCGGUGGCCAAGAACAAGAACACGGCGCCGGAAGAUUGAAACAGGUACUUACUCAUUUUAGAAGGCUCAACAUGAAGAAUAUUGUUUGUACUAGACCUUGAUCUUGUUGUUCCUUGGUGUUGGGUUACUGGCUUUUUACUUUGAAAAGAUGUGGCUGCCUUUUGAGACGCUAAAAAACACUCGCUAUUUGUCCCUUUUUAACAUCGAAUUAUGUACUACACCAUCUUAGAAGUUUACCGUACUGAGGAACAAAAGAUACCUGCCUGUAGUACACCACCUCUUCGACCUUCUGAUUGUCGACUGCACUACACUAUUAACGACAAAAAAACAUGAGCGACCACUUUACCACAUCUCUACUCUUCUCUACCGAAACUCCGCACCAACUCCACAGGUCGCCAACAUGGUUGAUGUGCUCGAGGAUAGUUCGAAUUUUUACGCUUGUAUGGAACACGUGGAAGGUCGAGACCUCUUCGACUACUUCUUUUAAGGCUUCCACAAAUUCAUCUUCCGAAGUGUUGUUGUAUCUUUGCCAACGUCUUUUCAAGGGGGAAAAACGUCAAAGAUGCACUUCAGAAUGAACAUUUUUUGCCAGGUCUAAUUCUUACAGGAGAAGAUUUAUGCACGCAGCUAUCGCCUCACCUUAGUCCGACAACUGUGUCGAAGUUUACUCACAGCACUGGGCGAACUGCAAUCUAGAGGACUCAUUCACAAGGACUUGAAGCUAGAGAACGUCGUUUUCGAUGAAGUGGAGAACUUUCAGACUGGAGAGAAACUAGUCUGCACGCCAAAACUUAUCGACUUUGAUACCGUACUAUUAUUUGUAAACUAUUGAUUCUUGAUGACAGUGACAGUGACAGAACAUGAGAAGUACUACUCAUUUUAACAUUCUAAGGGGGCCUACAAGAAGUCUCUAGUAAGAAGAUUCCUAAGGCCGAUAAGACUAGUGAUGAAGUAAAAGUAGUUGCGGAUCACUGCAACUCCUACUAGAAGAUACCAAGCACAAAAAAGAUUACGGUGUCGUUCUUGAAUAGCGCCGCUUAUGUAUUUCUUAAGCAAAGCGGAUACAACAGUCUGUGUCCGUCUAAAAUCCAUCCAUUCUUCAACAUGUCUACUUAAAUCUACAAUUCCCCAAUUCACUUUCGCAGGUGGAAGUCUACGAGCCUGGGCGUCGCGCUUUUCAUGUGCUUGGUACAGACCAGUACAUUGCCCCCGAAUCCUAUGCCGGCUAUGCGGUACCCGCCUCAGUUAAGCCUUCCCCUAAUCCAUCUCUUCUAUAGGGAUGAUCCCUCUCAACGCUCAGUUGUAUGCGUCCCAAAUGAUCCAAUGCAAGGGGGGAUAGACAGAGUCAACAUAGAUACUGUACUAGCUGACGCAUACGCUUGAGGGAUCGUUUCCACAGGCCGUAAGAUGGACAUGAUUUAGGGAAGAUGGACAUCUAACUCAGAUAUGUGGGCUAUUGGUGUGAUCUGCUAUACAACUCUCACCGGCAGCUUUCCGUUCCACCAAGCCCUUUUCAACGACCAACCCGGAGAGAAUUAUGUAGAUCACGUGGCCAUGCAACAAGUCCGGAGGAGGAUGCGAAUUGCAAGGAUCGAUUGGUAGAAGAUACCUUUACAGAAAUUUUUGUACGUUUCUUGGAUUUGCUCGUUGUGAUCGUGUGUAUCUACUUACAAUCAGAUUGAAUCUGAAAGGAAGAAAGGAAGAAGAAGAGGAACAGUUGGUCUAUUAGAAAGGAAGAAGAAGAGGAACAGAAGUUGGUCUACAUUUAGUCGUUGUGAUCGUGUGUAUCUGUGUGAUCGUGUGUAUCUACUUAAUACAAUCAGAUUGAAUCUGAAAGGAAGAAGAAGAGGAACAGAAGUUGGUCUAUUUAGUCUGCCAGGGACGUUACUCACGUCGUUAAGCAGUGGUCGGGCCUUUGUAACUGCCGUGUCUCUAUUCGGGUCACAACUGAGCCAGGCAGUUGCUUGUAGCUGCUACCUGGUUCAUAUGAAUGAACGAAUAAAGAUUCACACUUUGUUCACUCCAAACUUCAAAACAGGGGAUCCCGAGCAUGGAGCCAGGACCCAUUGGCUCGGGACUUUGUUCGCAGAUGUUUCGUUUGUGAGCCAAACCGGCGAAUUCGCCUAGAGGAAGCCUGGGAACAUCCCUGGAUCAAAGAAGGUGUCGAACAAGGACCUCCGCAAUGAAGAUGUUCAUAUUCUGAGAAGGACGGCGAUCUGAGGACGAACGCGAUUUGAUUUGUGCACGUUCGGAGGUCGUUCGUAGUCCCUAUUCGCGAAUUAUGUGUUACAUCAUGUAAGGCCAUGGACGUACAUCUUCACCAUGUACAGAAACCAGAUGACGCAAUUUUUAGAUUUAAGAACAUUCAUCAUUCCGGAAUUGGAAUUAUACAUGAUAGAAUAGAGACGCACACUUGACAAGCAGCAUGCUUCCGCUGCAGAAGCGGAACACACAUACGUAUGCUAAUUACAAUUGUACGCCGCCUUGAAAUCAAGAAUCCGAAGAGAAGUACCAAUGAACAACAAGAUAUACAAAUUUGAAUUUUUACUAAGUCUUACUUACAGCAAUAUUUUCACAAUGAUCCUAAUUUUAUGAUUAUUACGAUUACGUCGAACUCGAAAUUAUCGAAUCGAUACCAAGCAACAUGUGCAUGAUGUGAAAGUGAGCGUAUUUUUUAGUCUAUUCAUCACUGAAUACAACUCAAUUCCAAGGUCAACUAGUAUUAUCUGAAUUCUUAUCUAAAUUCUUCAUCUUCUCCAUCGUGACAUUGUCUCCGCUAGUAAAAACGAGUGCGCAUAUUUAUGAAAUAAGAGCUCGUUUACUAACAUAAUACUCGAUGAAUGAACCGAACCAUACAUAAAUUGAAAUACCUAAAUACCUAAAUGAAGACGAAGAUCUAUGCAUCUUCCAGAAGUAGUAUCAAAAGAAAUGAUACAACCAUGUAGGAGUUAUGUAGCUUGCUUAAGCUUAUGUAGAUGUAGUUCAUCGCAGGAUGAUGCAGAAACUAACAACACCAAGUAGGCCACUACCAACACAGGUAAAUACACUGGGGAUGGCGGAUAGAAUCCUAUUCCUAAUACAGAUUUCUUCCUCAACAUAUUUUCCAACAGCAACGAUAGCUUUUCACGUAACUAAUGUGAAGGUCUAGUCUCAGAUUUUCGUGAUAGCUUGUUGCAACAAGUAGUUUCUAGAUACGGGUGAUCCAAUUUAUUAUGAUGGAAUUGAAAAACUGGAUCAUAGUCAACAACAUGUAGAUGAUAUUGUCAUUUUCCUAUGAGAAUUGAUUGACUUUUGUCUUCACGUCGACGUUCUUGAAACUAGAAGGAGCUCCUAAGUCGAGCACGG